AAAACAUUCUCUCUAGCAUCUCUACUCUCUGCUUUACUCAAAACCAUCCUGAGAAUCCCAAAAAAAUGGCCAAACCAAUCAAGGUCAUCAUCUGCCUCUUCUUCCUAGCUGCCAUCUUCUCACGGGCCAACUCAGCUAGAGUCCUUGAUGAGGUGGCUGCUCAGACACAGUUCCAGUCAUCCAAUCCAGCCGCUACAGCACUGCCAAGUGGCCAAUUCCCAGCAGUGGGCCCCACUGCCGCAGAGAAUCAUGAAGCUGAAGCUCCUGCAGACGUGGCAGCCCCAGAUGAUGACGUGGCCACCCCUGCAGCAAUUGUGGCUGCCCCUGCUGCAACCGCCGCAAGUGCCACGGUGGCUCAUGAACCCACGCUGUCCUUUUUCAUGCAUGACAUCUUGGGUGGGUCCCACCCGUCAGUCAGGGUGGUCACCGGAAUCGUUGCCAACUCAGAAGUCAGCCCAAUCCCUUUCUCCAAGCCCAACGACAACCUCUUUCCAAUCCAAGGCGGCACCCCACUGCUCACCGGAAACGUCAACAACAUUAAAGCCAUAAACAACCUCAUCAACAACCCCAACAACGUGCCUUUCCUCGCCGGCCUCACCGGCUCCCAAACCAGCACCAUAAUCCCCAACACCGGCAACAACAACAACGUUCUCAACAACCAGAACCAGCCCUUCGUCACUGCCGGCCAGCUCCCUACCGGCUCACUCCAGCGCCUAAUGUUUGGGACCAUCACCGUUAUCGACGACGAAUUGACAGAAGGACACGAAUUGGGGUCAGCGGUGAUAGGCAGAGCACAGGGGUUUUACUUGGCUAGCUCUAUCGACGGUACCAGUCAGACCAUUGCGUUGACUGUCCUGUUGCACGGUGGUGAACACAACAAUCAUGAAAUUGAGGAUACCAUCAGUUUCUUCGGGGUUCACAGGACGGCAACGCCGGAAUCACAGGUUGCGGUGGUGGGUGGGACUGGGAAGUACGAGAAUGCUAGAGGGUAUGCUACGGUUGGGACAAUUCACCAUGAGGAUCAGCACAUGACAGACGGCGUGGAUACCAUUCUCAACUUCGACGUUUUCCUUACUGAUUACUGAAUGAUGUGGAACAUUUUGUGCUUCAUUCUUGAAUCUUGAAUAUGUUUCAGCAAUUUGGGUGUGAAUUUGGUCAUGACUCCUGUAUUUCAAUGUUCAAACUCAAUGAAAACUCUGUUUCUGA